AGUGUUUACCUUGGAGAUAUUGGUUGGUGAAUGAAUUCGAGAUGGGUGAUUCAGAAACUGAGCUCUCACCUUCCUUCUUGCUUGUCUACCGUUUUGUCCCCUUCGAAAAUCCUAAUCCGGCAAAGUCCAAGAUAUCAAGUCUCCACUUUUCUCCUUAAUCAUGUCGAUCUGAGCCAUCUCUUAUCCAUCUGUGGAAGAGAAGGCUGGUUUCCUCAUCUGGGUCCUUGUCUUCACGCCUCCAUUGUCAAAAAUCCUGAAUUUUUCGAGCCUGUAGAUGCUGACAUCCAUCGAAACGCUCUUGUUGUUUGGAACUCUUUGCUUUCUCAGUAUGUGAAAUGUGCCAAGUUAGUUGAUGCGCUUAAGUUGUUCGACGAAAUGCCCAUAAGAGAUGUUAUUUCCCAGAAUAUACUGUUUUAUGGGUUUCUGAGGAACAGAGAGACCGACUCUGGUUUUGUAUUGCUUAAACAAAUGCUUGGGUCUGGUGGGUUUGAUCAAGCGACCUUGACGAUUGUUUUAUCAGUGUGUGAUAAGCCAAAAUUCUGUUUGGUGACCAAGAUGAUUCACGCUUUAGCAGUUUUAAGCGGUUAUGACAAGGAAAUAUCUGUUGGGAACAAAUUGAUCACAUCCUAUUUCAAAUGUGGGUGUUCGGUUUCUGCGAAACAGGUUUUUAAUGAGAUGGAACAUAGAAAUGUCAUCACAUGGACAGCUGUGAUUUCGGGUCUGAUAGAGAACGAGUUAAAUGAAGAUGGUCUAAGACUGUUUAGUUUGAUGCGUAGAGGACUGGUCCAUCCAAACUCAGUAACUUAUUUGAGUGCUCUAGCUGCUUGUUCAGGCUCGCAGAGGAUAGUGGAAGGGAAACAGAUUCAUGCCCUUUUGUGGAAAUUUGGGAUUGAAUCAGAAUUAUGCAUUGAGAGUGCGCUAAUGGAUAUGUACUCUAAAUGUGGAAGCAUUGAAGAUGCGUGGAAGAUUUUUGAGUCCACUGAAGAAGUUGAUGAAGUUUCCAUGACUGUGAUAUUAGUUGGUUUAGCACAAAAUGGGUCAGAAGAAGAAGCUAUACAGUUCUUCAUUAGAAUGCUUCAAGCUGGUGUAGAGAUUGAUGCAAAUGUAGUCUCAGCUGUUCUUGGAGUUUCGUUUAUUGAUAAUUCUUUAGGUCUAGGCAAGCAACUGCAUAAUUUAGUCAUCAAACGAAAAUUCUCCGGUAACGCCUUUGUCAACAAUGGACUCAUUAAUAUGUACUCAAAAUGUGGAGACCUGAAUGAUUCACUAACUGUCUUUAGACGAAUGCCUAAGCGGAACUAUGUUUCUUGGAACUCGAUGAUUGCAGCAUUUGCUCGCCAUGGUCAUGGAUUAGCUGCCUUGAAUCUAUACGAAGAAAUGAUUACACAAGACGUGAAGCCUACAGAUGUUACCUUUCUAUCACUACUUCAUGCUUGUAGCCAUGUAGGGUUGAUCGAUACAGGCCGAGAACUCUUAAAUGUGAUGCAAGAUGUCCAUGGAAUCGAGCCUAGGACAGAGCAUUAUGCAUGUAUUAUUGACAUGUUUGGUCGUGCUGGUCUUAUGAAAGAAGCAAAGAGCUUUAUAGACUCAUUGCCUAUGAAACCUGACUGUAUAAUUUGGCAAGCAUUGCUUGGAGCUUGUAGUUUCCAUGGUGAAACAGAAGUAGGGCAAUAUGCAGCUGAGCAGUUAAUUCAAUCUGCACCUGAUAGCUCAGCAGCCCAUAUCUUGAUGGCUAACAUUUACUCAGCCAGAGGGAAAUGGAAGGAGAGGGCAAAGACGAUCAAGAGAAUGAAAGCAAUGGGAGUGACUAAAGAAACAGGCAUAAGUUCGAUCGAAAUUGAGAAUAAAACACACAGCUUUGUGGUUAUGGACAAAUUACAUCCACAAGCAGAGGCUAUAUAUGAUGUUCUGGCUGAAUUGUUUCCAGUUAUGAUAGAUGAAGGUUACAGACCUGGUAAGAGGUUUAUUCUCAGUUAUACAGGAGAUGACAGAAACGGCCCAAGUUUCUUAGUUCCUUAACGCUUUCUUUCUACAUGAAUAUACAUAUCAGGAGUAAAGAAUAAGAAUCUGAAUAUACAUUAAAGUUUAAUUUUGGUAGCUGAAGACCCCUCUCGCUGAAACAGAGGCUUCACUGUUUUGUCUCUUUAUCAGUUUAUCUUCAUAUAUGGACAUUUGUCUGGUCAUCGGUUUACGCCUCAAAGGGACAAACUUAGGGAAGAGACAAGAGGGAAAAGCAGAGAAGAUCCACUCUCUAG